UAUCCGCUCGCGGCACCCGCAGCAGAAAUCGACACCGAUCCCCGGGAAUUGGAACGAUUUGCUGAGCAUUUCAAGCAACGACGUAUAAAACUGGGAGUUACGCAGGCCGAUGUCGGUAAAGCUUUGGCCCAUCUGAAGAUGCCCGGUGUUGGAUCGCUUUCACAGUCAACGAUAUGCCGUUUUGAGUCGCUCACCCUCUCCCAUAACAACAUGGUCGCUUUGAAGCCAAUUCUUCACAGUUGGUUAGAAAAGGCCGAAGAAGCUGUGAAACAAAAAGACGGUUGUGGUGAUAUCUCAGGAAUUUUGCCGAACACUGACAAAAAGCGAAAACGGACCAGCAUCGCAGCACCCGAGAAGCGGCUCCUUGAAGACUACUUCAGACAACAGCCGCGGCCGUCCGGUGAGCGAAUCGCUGCUAUUGCGGAUAAGCUCGAUCUCAAGAAGAACGUAGUUCGAGUGUGGUUCUGCAAUCAGCGACAAAAGCAAAAAAGAGAUUUCAGGUCACAAUUCCGCUGUCGAAACGGGGCGCCCCAGGCGCCACGUCUCAUGCAAUCAGGCGCCAGUGCCAAAUGUCCGCCACCGUUCAGCGCUUUACCUGGCUACUUUGAUCAUAGCCAACACACCGGUCAAACACUCAGUCAAGAACUCAAGUUUCAAUGA